AUGGCGAAAGGCGAACCGACGAAAGCGACGGUCGGGGAGGCGCUGCGCGCGCUGGACGCGCGCGCGCGAAGGAUGGAGGCGGAGGCGAGGCGCGAGCGGGACGCGCGCGCGCGGGACCGGGACGCGCUGGCGCGGGUCACGGAGUCCGUGGACGCGCUCGCGGCGACGUUUCGAGAGGCGAUGGAGGCGAUUUCGUGCGAUCACGACGCGUGGACGCGAGAGCGGCGGGAGAUUAAGGCGGCGGUGGAGGUGGCGGCGAGGGCGGCGACGACGGCGGCGACGCGCGCCGAGGCGAGAGAACGAGACGCGGAGCGGGCGAGAGCGGAGGCGUUGGCGAUCGAUGCGAGAGUGAGCGAGGGGUUGAGAUACGUGAAGGAUGUGCGGGAUGAGUUCGUGGCGGUGGAACGGGUGAUUCAGGAGGCGAAGGAGAGGACGAGGGAGUUGGAGGCGCGAGACGUCGCGCGCGCGCGCGCGGUGGAGGAGUUUGAACGCCGCGCGCGCGCGGCCGAUGCGCUGUUGCGGGAUGAGAUCGAGACCGUGCGCGCGUGCUCGCUGCACGCAGAGACGGCGGCGAGCAAGGCGGAAGAGAUCGGCGGACUCGCGUCGGACGUGCGAGAGUUGGCCAAGUGGUCGAAGGAGACGGCGGCGCACCAAAACCGUCGACUCGCCGCGCUCGAGCGCGAGACUUCUCACGAAGGUGGCGACAAAGAAAACGGCGCUGCUCGGCGCAAGGGAGAGUUAGCGACAUCCGUGAAAGCCACCGAGCUGGCGUUGAAGGCGCAGCAAACGCGUCUCACCGCGCUCGAGGAAAAAUCCGCGUUGCGCGCCAGACGCGACGCCGCCGUCAAGGCGGACGUCGACGUCGUCAAGCGCGCUCUCGGCGAGCAUCACGACCUCCUAGCCAAGAUCAGAGACACCCUCGACACCGAACUCGGUCCGGAGGCGACGCUCGGCCCCGCCUCGUCCGCGUUCGCGCGCUUUCGAUAG